AUGGUGACAGAUUUCUUUUAUCCUCAACCAGGAGGUGUAGAAUUCCACGUGUAUCAUCUUUCACAAAAAUUAAUUGACUUGGGUCACACAGUCAUCAUUAUAACCCAUGAUUAUCAAUCGAGAACAGGGAUACGAUACCUUACAAAUGGAUUGAAAGUCUAUUAUGUACCAUUCUGGGUGAUAUAUAGGUCUUCGGGUUUCCCUACCGUGUUUUCAGCAUUUCCAAUAUUACGGAACAUUUUCAUUCGUGAGCAAAUCAAUAUCAUUCAUGGGCAUGGUACGUUUAGUACUAUGGGCCAUGAGGCGAUAUUUCAUGGAAGAACAAUGGGACUAAAGACCGUUUUUACUGACCAUUCCUUAUUUGGAUUUGCUGAUUUCGGAUCCAUUUGGGGCAACAAAGUGUUAAAAUUUGCAAUCAGUGAUGUGGGACAUGUUAUUUGUGUUAGCCACACAUGUAAAGAAAACACAGUAUUGAGAGCUAGCAUAGAGCCGUGGAAAGUAUCAGUUAUCCCCAAUGCUGUUGUUUCAAAGGACUUUAAGCCAAGGACGAAAGUAAGCAACUCGGAUGCUAAACGAGAUGUGAUAACAAUUGUGGUGAUAACUCGACUAUUCCCCAAUAAGGGAGCAGACUUAUUAAAUGCGAUAGUUCCCAGAAUUUGUUUAGCCGCCCCCGAUGUAAACUUUGUAAUAGCCGGUGAUGGUCCAAAGUUUCUCGAUUUAGAGCAAAUGAGAGAAAAGUAUUUCUUGCAAGAAAGAGUACAAUUAAUUGGCGCAGUGAAACACGAAGAGGUUCGCAACGUAAUGGCACAAGGUGACAUCUACCUACAUCCAUCUCUAACGGAAGCAUUUGGUACUGUGCUUGUUGAAGCAGCUUCGUGUGGCUUGUAUGUGGUAACUACAAAAGUAGGAGGAAUCCCUGAAGUUUUACCGGGUGACAUGACUAGCUUUGCCGAUCCGGAGGAAAACUCACUUGUGGAAACAACAUUAGAAGCAAUAGGGAAAAUAAGGUCAGGGGCAAUCGAUACAUCCAAGUUUCACGACUUGGUUGCAAAAAUGUACAGUUGGAGUGAUAUUGCCCUUCGCACCGAAAGUGUAUACGACUCUUUGGAUUUGGCUGCAUUAAACGAGUCAUUAAUCGAUAGGCUAAGGAAAUUUUACUGCUGUGGCAUGUUUGCAGGAAAACUUUUUGUCUUGAUAGUUAUUGUUGACAUUUUCAUAUUAGCAUGUUUAAACUACUUCUAUCCCAAAGAGAAUAUCGACUUGGCUACAAAGUGGCCGAAAAAGCAUCGUCGUUCAAGCAUUUCCUGA